AUGGGGAAACCAAGACUUAUCAUCCUUAUCAGACACGCCCAGUCGGAGGGCAACAAGAACCGCGACAUCCACCAGACCAUUCCCGAUCACAGAGUCAAGCUCACGCAAGAAGGAUGGCAACAAGCCUACGAAGCCGGCCGGAGACUCAAGGGCCUGCUGCGGCCCGACGACACUCUUCAGUUCUUCACCAGCCCCUACAGACGGACAAGAGAGACGACAGAAGGCAUCCUCGCCACCUUGACGGACAACCAGCCAGAAGACAGCAACUUCAACAGGAACAGGAUCAAGGUCUAUGAGGAGCCAAGGCUGCGCGAGCAAGAUUUUGGCAACUUCCAGCCAUGCAGCGCCGAGAUGGAAAGGAUGUGGCAGGAGCGUGCCGACUAUGGUCACUUUUUCUACAGAAUUCCAAACGGCGAGAGUGCGGCGGAUGCCUACGAUCGUGUCAGUGGUUUCAACGAGAGUUUGUGGAGACAGUUUGGGGAUGACGACUUUCCCAGUGUCUGCGUAUUAGUCACUCACGGUCUCAUGUCUCGUGUCUUCCUCAUGAAGUGGUACCAUUUCAGUGUCGAGUACUUUGAGGAUCUCCGCAACGUGAACCACUGCGAGUUCCUCACCAUGAGGCAGGACAUGAACACGGGCAAAUACAUCCUAGAAAACAAGCUACGGACAUGGUCCGAUCUCAAAAAACAAAACGCGCUGGAAGCGGUGGCCAGAGAAAAGGAAGCCGAGGCAAAGGACAAGGAGAAGGCGGAGACCGGAAAGGAGAAUGGAAAGAGUAAGGACAGUUCGAAACUUGCUCGCACCGGCUCAGUGGUUGAGAUUCGACGUCGCUGGGGAGGCUGUCCCAACGGCUGCAACCACGACAAGAAUUUCAAGAUCCGCCAGACGUUGGCUGACUUGGUCAAGAACGACCAUAUCAUCUCUAACCAGGCUGUCGGCCUGGCUGGAAGUGAAAACAGCAGCGGUAGCAACAGCAACAGCAACACGAGCGGGAGCAACGUGACAGCCGUCAAGAACGGCACCGCCUCUCCCCUCGAUGCUGCUGCCGCUCUUGCUCCCCCUGCUGAAACGAACAACUCUACUCCUUCCACCUCCUCGACGACCAACAGCAACAACAACAACACGACAACCUCUUCGACCUUCGGCCUCACUAACCCUUCCUUCAACGGCACGGCCAACAGCACAACACUAGUGAGUCGACGGCCGGCAGGCAAAAAGAUUUUCUGGUCUCAGUCAUCAACCACGCUUUGCGCAGACGGCAGCCCUAACCCCUCCUUUGACAUCUCUAUCACGGGUCCCAAAAUCGACAUCAGCAAGGCCCGAGAUGAGGUGGUUUCUAGUCCAGACGGUACGCCGUCUUUUAUCUCUGUCGACGACCGAUUACGUGGCCAGCUCAAGAGCCCCAGCCUACCGCCCCACCUCAGCAACAACAGCAGCAACAGCAGCAGCAACCAUCAAACUUCUGCCCAUGGGGGUGCGGUACAGCAACUCCAUGUCGGAAGGGACUUUGGCGGGACGUACAGCGGGCAUAACAGCGUCGCCAGCGGGGAUGACGCUGACUCGUCAGAGGACGAGCGUCACAGACAUACUCACCACCACUCACAUACACAUGAUUAUCUCAAGCCUGCUUCUCAUCGUGCUGUCUUUCUCACUGGGCCUGGCAGCAAGAGAGAUAACAGCCGGAUGGGAAGGGGUAUGAGGGCUAACAGGUUGGGAGACUGCCACAGUGAUGCUGGGCAUAGCAGUGAUGGAGAGCACGAGGCAGAUGGGGAGCAUGAGACGCCAGAUGAGGAUGAGGAUGAGAGUGGGAGCAACGCUGAUGGGUUGGAGUUGGCGAGGACGUUAACGGAGAAGGCGGAUGAGGCAUUGAUGAGAGCUGAGAUGGAGGAUAAGAGUAUACAGGGGAGUGUUUACUGA